AACUAUUUUUGGGUUAAAACAAUGACAGAGACAUUUCUACCCCACUUAAAUAAAUCAAACUAAACCCAUGACAUAUCCUAUUGUGAAUUAGGGUUUUUUAGGGGUUUACUUCUCUUUCAUCUCAAAUAAAUUUUGUUAAUUUGCAGAGUAACUAGAAGCAAUGGAGCAUGGUUCCUUAGAGGACCCAAGUCAGGCAACAUUCUCUUUUGUUGAUGAAGAUCACACUCUUGCAAACUCUGUUAGAUUCACCUUGAAUCAAGACCCAAGGGUAUCAUUCUGUGGAUACAGCAUUCCUCAUCCCUCAGAUGCUAGAGUUAAUAUUAGAGUCCAAACAACAGGUGAUCCAGCAAGGGAGGUACUGAAAGAUGGAUGCCAGAAUUUGAUGUUCAUGUGCGAGCAUGUUAGGAGCACAUUCGACAAGGCUGUUAGCGAUUAUAAAGCAAACAAUCCUGUAGAAAUGGAUUAUAAAACAAACAAUCCCAAUGAAAUGGAAACAAGCAGUGACGGAAAUUGACAUAUCCUUGUUAUUGUCUUGGAAUAUAUGAUCACUUGCAGGUGCAAUUGAACUAUUACAUUGUAUUUGGCUCCAUUCUAUCAUCGUGAUUUAUUA